CUUCCUCUCAACACAUCACCUCCGGCCUCCAACCCGAAUUCCUUGCAACCCACUACAACACCACAUCUCGAGUCUCAGAUAUUCUGAGAUUCGCCUCUCUCAUCACUGCGCUUGAUCCCUUCAAAAAGAUCAGACAGACCAAAGCAAUCACCAUGCCUCCCAAAGCUGCCAAAUCCGACAACAAGGCGUCGGCCUCGGCUAACGACAACGACAAGGUGUCUUUCCUCACCGAGCAUGAGCUGAGGAUCUUGGCUCAGUGUAUUCUUUCCACUAACAACAACAUCGGUAAUAUCAAGCCCAACUACCCCAAGGCCGGCGCCGAGCUGGGCCUCGCGGCCGGCACGGUCAAGAACGCCUGGGGCGUGAUCAAGCAGAAGAUCACCGCCGAGAAGGCCAAGACCGGCGCCCCCGCCGCCUCCGCCGCCAACAAUGAUGACGACAAGGACUCGGAGGACGCCAACCCGACUCCCAAGAAGCGCGCCAGAACUGCCAAGACGGCCCCCGCCGCUGCCGCUGCCAAGCGCCCCCGCGGCCGUCCCGCUGCCCAGCAGCCGGCUCCGCUUCUUUCGGGCAGGAUUCGCCUGAGCGUGAAGAGCCAGCCGAAGAAGAAUGACGCCGAGAAGGAGAAGGAGGUGGGGGAGGAUAGCGGUGAUGAAGAGGCAGAGAACAGCGGCAAUACCACGGUCGAUGAGGACGAGGCGGGUGAGCCUGGGGUGGUUUGAGGCUCUUGCCGUGGAGAUGUCUGCGGCCUAACAGACUGACUGCCGGGCUGGGUGUGCUCUCCUCGCACGGUGGCUCGCACUUUUUGCGGGUGUUUGUGUCGUUCUCUGGGCUGGGCAGUGGUGGGGAUAGCUGGAGUUUGAGCGACACUACUGGGAUACGUACUGGAUUGGCUUGUGUGGCAGUUUGGGUUUUGCAGGCUGCUUUUGGAGAGGAGUCUGCACUGUCUUGGGCUGGUUGGGGGUCAGGCAUCUGGGUAUGAGCAGUAGUAG